UAGGCAACUGGUUGUCAUGGAAACGGGGCUUAACACAAUCCCCCUUCCUUUCCACCCCAUGUGGCUGGGCAGUGUUAAGGGUGGCAAGAUAGUCUCUGUCCCCACCCCCUUGUACUUGAUUCCCCAGCUAUCUUUCACAGCCCCCCACCUUUAGGGGAAGGGGGAGGGGCUUCUCUUCAAUGAGGUUUUUUCUUUUUUUUUUUUUUUUUUAAGAAGAAAAAAUAAUAAACUUAGUUUCUGUACGAGCAUCCGCGUAAGGAGGCUUCUGAUUUUCUGGUCUGGUGGAGGGUUGGGUGGGACCUUGGGCAUCAUUUUCCUCCUCUCUUGAUCUUGCAAAGACCCUAGUACCUGAUCUCUAACCUGGGAUUAUAUAACUUAAGGCAAAAAUCUCUACCCAAGAAGAGGGAGGUCUGGCAAAUCUGAUUUCCUAGUAGGGUGCCUUUCCCUAGUUUCAGUUUUAAGUCACUCAGACAUACUUUUCCUCUCCCUUUCUUUUAUUUCCAUGGUUCCUGGACUUUCCCUUAGAGCUCUCUGAUGCCUCAGACUUUUCCCUUUUAUCCCUCUUGCUCAGGUGCUUCCUUUCAGUCUUUCCAGAAGGCAGGCAUCCUACCUCCAGUUGCUCCAUCCCUUGGCCCUCCCCUGCUCUCCAUCUAGCCAAACUGGUUUGAGUCAGCCACACCUCCCUUCCUAGCUCCUGGGGUUCUUCAGGUGGCUGGCCACCCAACCCCACCCCUGGGCUUGGCUUGGCGCCCUGAGUCAGCUACAUCACCACCCAAGCUAAAUCAAACCUGAGGCAGGAGCCGAAACUCACAGUUCCUCAAGGUCUAUAGCCAGGUCAUGGAGGACGAGGAGAUGGCAGUGGAGACCUUGGUGGGGAACUUGGAAGCUGCUCAUUCCCCAUUCCCCAUCCGCUGCUGCUGGCUCCGCCUCCGCUACUUGGCAGCUACUAGCAUAAUUUGUGGCUGCUCUUGCCUGGGAGUCAUGGCUCUUGUAUUUGCCAUCAAGGCGGAAGAGCGGCAUAAGGCAGGCCGGUCCGAGGAGGCAUUACACUGGGGGGCCAGGGCCCGGAGGCUCAUCCUGGCCAGCUUUGCUGUCUGGCUUGCUGUCCUCAUUCUGGGCCCCUUGCUGCUGUGGCUGCUCUCCUACGCCAUCGCUCAGGCUGAGUGACCCUGAGUGGCCUCUGCUGAGAGCCAACCGAGAUCUCCUGGAUCCUGCAAUUACGGCAUUGCUAAGGUCCGGUGACAGCAGUGGUCCUUCUUGGUUGGAAGGAUGGGGACUCUCAAGGGGCUGUGGAGGAGCUCUUCUAGCCCUUUAUAAAACGAGAGUAGCAGCUGAAACUGAUGAGGGGAGGUCAGCCUGCUCUGUUCUUUCAGUGCCCGCUACCCUCUAUUUCCCCCACUCCACCCACCCCAUCCUAGGGGCCUCUACCCACAGGAAGGGUUGAAGACCAGGCCUAAUUUUAUUAGAGUUUGUUUUGUAAUAAAAGCCUUUUUUAGUGGUGAAA